AUGCUCGCGGAAAGUGGUCCCCGUGCUUCGGAGCUUCACAUUCCUCCGUACAACAGUGAUACCGCCAUGCCAUGUACAACCGGGACAAUAACCGACCCACCGUUAAACAGACCACUAUCGCCGAGAAAGUUUUUCGAACGGCUGUACGGUCAUCUUGAGCGGGACAACAAUCGUACCAGCGAGGCGAACUGCAGUGAAGAUGUUCGACCGCCUACCGGUCCUAACGAAAGCUUAACAAAGGCUAGUGAUGCGUGUACGUUUAUCGAAAGCCACCACAACCAUUCUAGUGAUUCGCAAAAAUCUGUGUCAGUGAACAGUUCGAUCAAUUCCAUCAGCCCUCGAUCGUCUUUGGCAGUGGACAUUGAGGAAGAUUCAUCCCAAGAUGCUAGCAUUUCGUCACCACGUCUGCAACAACAACAUGAUCGUCAUCCGGCCUGUGCCCAACAUUACGCUGUGGGCUCGGCAGAUUAUCCCGUUGCCAGGUUAGGUGGACAGAGUUAUGGAUUGGUGGCAACUCCGACACAAUCCACCAUUGUCCCGGUGGUGCCAACACAACAUUUUGCUCAACCUAGUGAUACAUCUUUAAUCGGCGGAAGUCAGCGGCAACCCGGACAGCACGGCAUGUCUACGUUCUUUUCGUCCACUGGCAGUUAUGGUGCUACAUCAUUUAGACCAUUUUUUGGUAUUGCCCAUGAUGCAACGCAACUGCCGGCGGGACUAUCUGCAUUUCUGGCCCGGCGUCGAAAAAAGGAAGGACGCCCAAGACGCCAACGCACCACAUUCAGCAGCGAACAAACGCUGCGGCUCGAGGUAGAGUUUCACCGGAACGAGUAUAUCUCACGAAGCAGGAGGUUUGAACUGGCGGAAGUGUUGAAGCUUUCCGAGACGCAAAUUAAAAUCUGGUUCCAAAAUCGUCGUGCAAAGGAUAAGCGCAUCGAGAAAGCACAAAUUGACCAGCAAUACCGGACAUUCGCUGCAGUUAAUGGAUUGCUCACACCGUUUAGCCCGCAAUAUCCGGCAGCACUGAUUGCAACGCAACAGCAGCAUCACCAACUCCACCCUCCUCCUCCUCCUCUUCCUCCCGCCCAUCAUCCUACCCAGCCCCAACCUCAACAACAGCAUCAUCAACACCAUUUACAGCCAAUGCAGGCGUGUGCAACGGGCAGGACACUACAUCAAAAAACGAGCAGCCAACCGAAUUCUGAGACAAAGCGUUAUCAGUCACACCAAGGACCGAACGGUAAUGGGGAGAACUGUGGUAACGAUACAGCUAAGAGAUAA